AUGUCCAAUUUGCUUGUUUCUGUUCCUGACAAGAUAAAUCUCGAUAUAAAGAUUGUUAGAUAUCAGCAGUAGUGCAAUAAAUUGUGGAAUGGCAUUCAAUUUGCAAUGGGCAAGCUUGCUGAUCAUUACACUCCACCGUCAACUAUUGUUGUGUCUGUAAUGCCUCCAAUCUGCAAAUGGAUACUAUCAGUACUUAAUAAGGCAAUUGGCAAGACUAUAACCUCACUAGAAGCAUACAAGUUCUCUGAUGCAACGUCUCCUAUGUACUCAUGGUGGCAGUACCAGCUAUGUUAUGUAUUUGUAGAAGCUGUAAAACCUUACUUCUUCAAUGAGUCUCAAGAGUUCAAUUCAGCAAGAGCUGGUUGUAGAGAUGCCCUAUGCGUUUGCCUCGACACUGGUUUGCGCUUGCUCCACCCAUUCAUGCCUUAUGUAACAGAAGAACUCUGGCAGCGUCUUACUCAGCCCAAAGACUCUUGCAGGAAAAAUUCCAUUAUGAUAGAAGAAUAUCCAUCUGUUGUUACGGAAUCAGAUGAUAAACUUGAAACUGAAAUUUAUACCGUCUUGGAUACUGUGAACAAAUUUAGAUCUCUGAAGCCACCAACAGAUACAACACAAAUGAAAGGUGUGUGA